AUGGAUGAAGGGAAUUACUCGGUGGUGUCUGAGUUUGUGUUUCUGGGACUCACCCAGUCAUGGGAGAUCCAGCUUCUACUCCUGGUGUCUUCCUCUGUGCUCUACGUGGCAAGCAUGACAGGAAACAUCCUCAUUGUGUUUUCUGUGGCCACUGAUCCUCAUUUACACUCCCCCAUGUACUACCUUUUGGCCAGUCUUUCCUUCAUUGACUUAGGAGCCUGCUCUGCCACCUCACCAAAGAUGAUUUAUGACCUUUUCAGAAAGCAUAAGGUUAUCUCUUUUGGAGGCUGCAUCAGUCAGAUCUUCUUCAUCCAUGUCAUUGGUGGUGUGGAGAUGGUGCUGCUCAUUGCCAUGGCCUUUGACAGAUAUGUAGCCAUAUGCAAGCCUCUUCACUACCUGACCAUCAUGAGCCCACGAGUGUGCAUUUUGUUUACAGCUGCUGCCUGGGCUCUUGGUGUCAGUCACUCGUUGUUCCAACUAGCAUUUAUUGUUCAUCUGCCCUUCUGUGGUCCUAAUGUAUUGGACAGCUUUUACUGUGACCUUCCUCGGCUCCUCAGACUGGCCUGCACAGAUACCUACAGAUUGCAGUUCAUGGUCACUGUCAACAGUGGGUUUAUCUGUGUUGGCUCCUUCUGUGUACUCCUUAUUUCCUAUGUCUUCAUCAUGUUUACUGUUUGGAAACAUUCUUCCGGGGGAUCAUCCAAGGCCUUCUCCACUUUGUCAGCUCACAUCACUGUGGUUCUUUUGUUCUUUGGCCCAACCAUGUUUGUUUAUACAUGGCCACACCCCAAUUCACAGAUGGACAAAUUUCUUGCUAUUUUUGAUGCAGUUCUCACGCCUUUUCUGAAUCCAGUUAUCUACACAUUCAGGAAUAAAGAUAUGAAGGACGCAAUGAAGAGAGCAUGCAAAAAUUUAGUGAUUUACAGAAAGAUCUCUUAA